AUGGCUAAAAACGACCCUACAAACGCCUCCAACGUUAGGAAGGACCGCAUUGUGACCAACUCGCAGGGUAAUCCCAUCAACGAACCGUUUGCGACACAAAGGGUGGGACAACAUGGGCCACUGCUGUUGCAAGACUUCACCUUGCUGGAUUCUUUGGCGCAUUUCAACCGGGAACGGAUUCCAGAACGUAACCCCCAUGCUCACGGUUCGGGUGCAUUUGGCUACUUUGAAGUGACAGACGACAUCUCAGACGUGUGUGGAUCGGCCAUGUUCAGCGAAAUCGGCAAACGCACCCGUUGCAUGGUGAGAUUUUCGACCGUGGGAGGUGAAAAGGGCUCUGCAGACACCGCCAGAGACCCCAGAGGGUUUUCGACCAAGUUUUACACCGAGGAGGGAAACUUAGACUGGGUCUAUAACAACACUCCUGUGUUUUUCAUCCGGGACCCCUCCAAGUUCCCACAUUUCAUCCACACUCAGAAACGCAACCCUCAAACCAAUCUGAAGGAUGCAGACAUGUUCUGGGACUUUCUCACAACGCCAGAAAAUCAAGUGGCUAUCCACCAGGUGAUGGUUUUGUUCAGCGAUCGCGGAACGCCAGCGUCAUACCGCAACAUGAAUGGGUACUCGGGCCAUACCUACAAGUGGUCAAACAAAAAGGGCGAAUGGUUUUAUGUUCAGGUACACAUCAAGACAGAUCAAGGUAUCAAGAAUCUUAACAACGAGGAAGCCGUCAAACUCUCUGGUGAGAAUCCAGACUACUGCGGCCAAGAUCUCUUCAAAAACAUCCAAGAGGGCAAAUUCCCUUCCUGGACCGUUUACAUUCAAACCAUGACGGAAGAGCAAGCCAAACAACAGAGUUUUUCGGUUUUCGAUUUGACCAAGAUCUGGCCUCACAAAGAAUUUCCACUUCGUCGCAUAGGUAAGAUGGUUUUGAAUGAAAACCCGCAAAACUACUUUGCCCAAGUGGAACAGGUAGCUUUCUCACCCAGUCACACCGUGCCUUAUCAAGAAGCAAGUGCCGAUCCUGUUUUGCAGUCACGCUUGUUUGCCUAUCCUGACGCUCACAGACACAGACUGGGCGCGAAUUACCACCAGAUUCCUGUCAAUUGUCCUUAUGCUUCCAAGGUGUUCAAUCCAGCUAUCAGAGACGGUCCUAUGAAUGUGGACGGAAACCUCGGUUCCGAGCCAAACUAUUUAUCCAGUGCCAAGAGCUACAGUUAUAUCCAGGCAUCCAAGCCCAUCCAGCAGCAUCAAGAGGUAUGGACUGGACCAGCCGUACCCUUCCACUGGGCCACGUCGCCAGGUGAUGGAGACUAUGUGCAAGCUCGUGGACUCUACAAAGUUCUCGGUCGCACUCCUGGCCAGCAACAGGCCUUGGCACACAAUGUCGCCGUCCAUGUUGCGCACGCAUGUCCCGAAAUUCAGAACCGGGUGUUUUCCAUGUUUUCACGCGUUGACAAAACCUUGGGCGACAACAUCAAGCGGGAAGCUUUAUCUCUAGCGCCCCGUCGGUCUACCAACCCUCAAGCAAAGCUUUAA